AUGGCGACGCGAACCAUCUUGCAGUCGAAUCGGGCCUAUGAUCAUAUUUACGAUCCGACCUAUACGACGUCUCACCCCAAUGAUCAUUACAGGCAGACGAGCAAGGCGAUGUUCAAUGCCCAGCGCAUUGAGCGAGUGCCCGAUGACAAGUACAUGUUCUCGGAGCUGCCUCACUAUCCUAGAUGUACCAUUCAGGUGACUAGCAAAGAGGCCUUGCCGAAACAUGUGGACAAGGAUUGGUUCUCACCGGGCGACCGGCCGAGCGACCCCUUGCGAGACAUCGUGCAUGGGACCUAUCGCUUCAAGUUCCAAGCUUGGCCCAACAAGCAGAUGCUUAGCACGCUGCCUCAUAUUGUACAGUAUGCCUUCAAGUCCCAUGGCACGACCUUCCCAACGGAAGGCGCUGCUGCAGAGCCGCCCACGAAGACCGUGGCUACACAGUCGGUCUACCGGGAGUCGGAGGCCCAAACGGAUCCGUACUCACCGGACUAUCAGAUCCCUAGCCAGGUACCUGAGGUUCUUCAGCUGACGCACCUCACAUACGGUGCAGGGCUUCCGGCCUCUGAAGCUGAGCUGCGGAUCAUCGAGCGAACCAGGCAAAAACGCCUCUUCAAGCAGAUGCUGCCUCCUCCUUGCGACGAGUUCGGGAUGGAGGUGAGGAUCCAGCUGAUGGAGGCGCAAGAAUUUAGGGAAUGGGCUGACCGUGAUAGAACCAUCAGAGAGCUGCAGGACAGGCGUUGCCUCUAG